AUGGCUUCGUCCUCUUCGCUCGGACCAAAACCCACGACCGUAGCUGGAGGCUGCCUAUGCGCCGCCCUCCGCUACGAAGCCACCUUCUCAGACACCCACGACUUCACCGCCAACGCCCAGACGUGCCAAUGCACACAGUGCCGCAAGCAAUCUGGUGCCCUCUUCGUCGCCUUCCACCGCGUUCCCUGGCCCAUGAAGUGGACGUCUCCCAAGGGCACUUCGACGUUGCGCGAGUUCAGCAUCACGCCCAUGGCGAAGCGAGGAUUCUGUACAGAAUGCGGCUCGUGGCUUUACUAUCGCAGCGAAGGGGAGAAGUGGGGUAGUAUCUGUCUUGGGACGCUUGACCAAGAGGCUCUUAUCGGGGAAAAAGGUCAGAAAGGAGGGUUUGGUGCGAUACUGGCGAGUGGUCUUGGUGGGCAUGAGUGGUGUGAGAAUGAGAUUCCCGGCGUGACGGAUGAUAUUCCCAUGUUGAGAAGGGGUCAGAGAAAUCAGCAGAACGGGAGUGAUGCUGUCGCUGUAAAAGCUAAGCUGUGA